AUGAAAAAACAAUUCAUCUUAAUUUUACUCUUUGUCAUAAUAAUUUUUUAUGUACAAUCAACAAGUUUAUCAAAGAAUUCGAAAGAUAACAGUGUAAGUCAAAAAAAGUGUCCUUACUUACCCAAAUGUGUUAGUCCAUGUCCUUAUGGUUAUAUCUUCGAUAAAUUUAAUUGUAAUACAUGUGAAUGUAAUCCAUGUAAAUUGGGACAACCUUUACGUAAAUAUAGUUGCAAAAAAGGACGUUAUCGUUAUACUUGUUCAAGAAGAAAAGGAAUCUGUACUGUAAGUACACAAGGCAAUCUUCAUUGUUGUCCUCUUAAAAGAUCUGGCUCUUGUCCACCAAGUCUUCAUCCAUCAGUGGUUUCAUGUUUGCCAGUCGAUUGUAAAUAUGAUGGUGAUUGUUCAAUUGGACAAAAAUGUUGUAAACCAUGUUUACGAUGUACUAAUGUAACAGCUUCAUAA